CGUACCUCGCACACUGCCGUACCCAAAUGCCGUGCAUGGACGGCCGGCAGCUGGUGGGUCUUCUGUCGUCGCUGAGUCGGCUGGGUCUGCAUGGGUGGUUGGGGCUGGAAUGGCGGGAGGACUUUCUGCGGGCCAGCGCCCGCUUGAUGGGGGCAGGAGGGGUGGUAGAAAGGGGUCGGCAUCAGAACGUGGAAGCAGCGGCGGAGGUGUGCUCGCUGGCUGUGGGCUCAGGGGUCCGAGCGCAGCGGCAGCAGGACCUGCAGCAGCGCCGUGAGGCUCCACCUGCUUGCGCAGCCGCUCCUGCUGCUGCUGCCUGCUCGCUGACCCCCUCCCAGCUGGCGCUGCUGCUGCUAUCGGUGGCUCGCAGCUGGCCCGGCCGCCGGCCGCCCCCCGGUUGGCUGGCCGCCUUCUGGGCCGCUAGCGCCCCCUCGCUGCCGUACAUGUCCCCCGUGUCGCUGAGCUGCCUGCUGGGCGGGGUGCGGCGGCUGCGAAUGAGCCCCCCGCUGCAGUGGACCCGGCGGCUGUUCCAGACCAGUGAGGCGACCUUGCAGACGUGCCCGGCUGACGUGUUGCUGCACCUCGCCUCCUGCCUGCUGGCCUGCCCGCUGCGUCCUCCCGGCAGCUGGGUGGCGGCCUUCCGCGCCCGCCUGGACCAGCUGGCGGCGGCGCUGUCCCGGCCACAUCUGCGGGCGCUGGGGCGCAUGGUGCGGGUGGUCAGCAGCCGGCGGCGGCACUGCGCCCCGCCGGGCUGGCGGCUGCGGAGUGCGCGAAGUGCGCAGGAGGCGGAGUGGAGGUGGAGGCACUGGCGGGUGCGGGGAAGGGGAAGGCGGAUGCGGAGGAGGCUCAGUGUAUAGCGACAUCGGAGGCGACUGGUGACGGCGGGAUGUACUGUGGUUUGUGGUAUUGUGUGAAAGCAUUAGGAUACGAGGUCUAAGGUAGGCUGCCAGAGCUAGGCGCGCAGCAGCAGGAGUGCACCAGUAGCAGCAGGCCGGGGCAGCAGGUGGCAGCCAUAGUGGUUUCGGAUUAGCACAGGUGUUAACGGCAGGGUUGUGUACAUUGCUGAGGCAAGUACGGCAUCUACGCAGGAGGUGCUUGCCAUCAGGCUGUGCGACGAUGCAGUUUGCAGCAGGAUGGGAAAGAAGAUGUGUUAGCUCCCGGUACAGCUAGCAAGCAGCGAGGUAGCCGCUGGCUGCCUGCACUGUAGACCACCCGCUAUCCAAUGCAACAAUCCCCCUCGCUCGCCUCCGCCUUCAACCCCACCUCUGUACAUAGGCCACCCCCGCCCUGCAUAUAUACAUUAUGAAUCCUCG